GCAAAGUAUCGUUUGCGCAUCGCCAUCGCCGGUCCCCCAUUCGAAGUGCAGCAUUCGACCUAACCGGAAUUUUUCUGUAGUUCGUGUUCGACGUACCGGUCUUCGAGUUGUAUCAAAUUUUUAAGUCUGACGAAAGCUUUUUAGUAACAAAUCACUUAAGAUGUCUUGUCCAGUUCCUGCUCCAGCCUUGAAGGACCUUCCCCGAGUUGCCGGUGACCUCAAGAGCGAGCUUGAGGGCUUUAAACCGACCAAUCUGAAAAACGCUGACACUCAGGAGAAAAUAGUUCUUCCCUCAGCUGAAGAUGUGGCACAGGAACGCACGCAUAACGCACUGAUCGCUGGAGUAGAGAAUUUUAAGUCUUCUUCCCUCAAAAGAACAGAUACCAGAGAGAAGAUCGUGUUACCAAACGCCCAAGAUGUAGCAGCCGAGAAAACGGAAAAAGCUUUAAUCGCCGGCAUCGAACGUUUCGAUCCAAGUAAACUCAAACAUACCGAAACUCAGGAGAAAAAUCCUCUUCCAGAUAAAGAUGUUGUGCUUCAAGAAAAAAAUCAUCUUAAUCUGCUAAACGGAGUCGAACAUUUCGACAAAGCCACAAUGAAGCAUACCACCACGGCUGAAAAGAUUGUUUUACCUGAUAAUGAAGUGAUUGAACAAGAAAAAGGCCAAAGACAGUUGAUUUCCGGUAUUGAAAAUUUCGAUAGUAGCAAAUUAAGACACGCCGAAACCUGUGAGAAAAAUCCUCUACCAACAAAGGAAAUAAUCGACCAAGAAAAGAGUGCUUAAAUCAUUCCUCUACCAACCUUUGGCUCAAUUGUAAACAUGCCAAUUUUUGUAUUAUUUUAUACUUUUAUAUGGUACACACCUAUUUAAAUAAAUGAUAUCAAGUAUG